AUGUCUCAGUCAAUACUCCUCCUACACUCUCUAUGGUUCUUCGACGACGUCCAUUCUGGCACUCUUCCCUCCGAGUUAACACAUUACGACUACCAAGGAGAUGUGACGGUCAGCCAAGAGACAAAGGAAUGCCCACGUCAGAAACAUAGCUGGAGCUGUGGUGUUUGGAUCUUAGCCUGCCUACAGCGUACCAUACAGGGCACGUCUUGCAACAUUUGCACACAAGAUGCUACUCCGAUGGCCAAGAAGAAAGAAGUACUAUCUCUGCUGAUGAGUGUGAAUCGUUCCGACUUUGACGAACCUGGGAGAGCUAUUCUCGACAGCUUGAUCGAGCAUACCCAGAGUCGCGGGAAUGUUGAGGGACUCGCCGAUCGAUCUGAUAGCAUCUUGCCUCGUCCUGUCACCCACACAAACUUCGAGCAGCGACUUUCUGAGCUCAGCCACUAUCAACUACAGCGAUACCUAGUUUACGACCACACUACUCAGGUGAAUAAUGACAGCGACGAGCUGGGGACCUUUCUGGAGCAACACGAACAAAGAGUGAUGGAGGAAUCGCGAUGGCAGCGCAGCAUGGUAGCUGGUUUCCCGGCGGAUCAAACCCUUGACAGUGACUGUGAUCAGACAACGUUGACAUGUCGGGGCAUAUUGUUGUAUUCUAGUGCCAAAAGUGGCCUUAGACACUCUCACUGUGUAUGA